AUGAAAAGUCAGAUCGCCCAGCUGUUGGAACAGAAUGAAGCUUUACUCGCCUCGGUUGAAACCAUCCAACAGCAGCAGAUGCAGGAGAGGACGGACUCUCAUCAUGGCGAGCUUGAUGAACCGGAACCCCAGCCGUUCUCAGCUGAAAUAUGGAACGCUCCAGUUCCGGAGAACUUCAAACCGCCGCACCUGCCUACCUUCAAUGGAAGGGGCGAUCCGUCUGAACAUGUGACAGUAUUCAACACCCGGAUGUCCGUAUACGGAGUCGCCGAUUCUCUUAAGUGCAAAUUGUUGGCGGGUGCUUUUGCGGACGCAGCUUUGCGCUGGUACAUGAGCCUCCCUCGCUUCUCCAUUGUGGGUUAUCAGGAUAUGAUUAAGAAGUUUACCCAGCAGUUCUCUGGUAGCCGCCACCGAAAAGUAUUAUCCACAAGCUUAUUCAAUGUUCGUCAAGGACCAAACGAAUCGCUAAAAGAGUAUCUCGCCCGCUUCAACGAGUCAACAAUCAAAGUCUCCAAUCCCAAUCAGGAGGUCUUCGUUGGAGCUUUUCAGAAUGGCUUGCGUGCUGGCCAAUUCAACGAAUCGCUGGCACAAAAACCCGCUGAUUCAAUAGAAGAAGUAAUUGCUCGGGCCGAGUGCUAUGUGAAGGGAGAAGAGUCUAAUGUGGAAAGGAAAGCUAGAGAUGCGAAAGAGAGAGGGAGUUCAGGAGCAGAGCGGCGAAACCCUUAUGUCCCGCCCAACAGGGAUAGAGGGGCCUUCAAGAAGACUAACGAUAGGAGUUCACAUCGUUAUGCACCUGAUCACUUCACCCCCUUGAACACACGCCCCGAGAAAAUUCUCAAGGAAGUUCUCGAAUCAAGAGUAAUCCCGCCAGCUGCGGAACCCCGGUUCAAGUAUAUGGGUCUGAAUAAAGAUGCGUGGUGCAAAUACCAUCAAGUGCUUGGACAUGGCACAAACGACUGCAUUCACUUGAAAAGAGAGAUUGAGAAGCUGAUCCAGAGCGGAAAACUAAGAGGAUAUACCAAGAACGCCGACGAUAGGCGCCGUCCGGAGUCAACCCAAGAUAAACCUGCCCUAGAGCCAAAACAUACACUCCAUACCAUCUCGGGAGGUUUUGCCGGAGGCGGAGAGUCAGGAAAGUUGCGAAAGAAGUAUGCUCGCCAGGUAAUACUUCUAGGAGAUGCCCAUGAACCAGAGAGAAUCCCAACUAUUUCUUUCUCCCAAGAAGACUUCGGACAGGUAAUCCCUCAUGACGAUGAUCCGUUGGUUAUAUCUUUUCAGCUCCUGAACUGGGAAAUCAAACGGGUACUCAUAGAUAUCGGAAGUUCGGCAGAUGUCCUAUAUUACGACACCUUCAGUAAGAUGGGUCUGAGCGAAGAACAGCUUCAACCUUUCAAAGGGACCCUGUCGGGUUUUACUGGGGAGAAGGUACAUGCACGUGGCUAUGUCACUCUCAAAACGACCUUCGGAACCGGAGAUCAACAAAAAUCCAUCAAGAUCAGGUAUUUGGUGAUCAACGCACCCAGUUCAUACAACGCUAUCAUUGGACGUCCUUCCAUCAAUCUUUUAGAUGCCUUUGUCUCUACUAAACAUUUGAUGAUGAAGUAUCCCCUGGACAACGGGCGAGUUGGGGUAAUAAGAGGUGAUCAAAAGAUCGCGCGAGAAUGCUAUCACGCCAGCCUCAAGCUCGGCGGGAAAGGCAGAGAGACACUCGGCGUAAAUCUCAUUGACCUUGAUCCACGAGAAGAUUACCAGCAGGAACGGAUAGUGCCUAUCGAAGAUUUGAAAGAUAUAGUGAUAGGAUCCGAUCCUAAUCGGACCACCAAGAUCGGAGCUUCCCUCAAAGAAGCGGAGGAACGAAACCUGAUUCAGCUUUUGCAAGAGAAUUUUGACCUCUUCGCAUGGUCCCCCUCUGAUAUGCCUGGAAUUGAUAUUAAGGUGGCUUGUCACCAUCUGGCAGUUAGCCCAUCCGUAAAACCGGUGGUACAGAAGAAGCGGAAGAUGGGCGAGGAAAAACGAAAGGCCGUAGACGAAGAAGUAAAAAAGUUAAUGGAAGCUCGUUUUAUCAGCGAGAUCAAAUAUCCUACAUGGCUGGAAAACACUGUUCUAGUAAAAAAAACCUCAGGGAAAUGGAGGAUGUGCGUGGAUUAUACGGAUUUGAAUAUGGCGUGUCCUAAGGAUCCAUAUCCCUUGCCGAAUAUUGACCAUCUGAUAGAUAAUGCCGCCGGGUACAAAACUCUGAGUUUUAUGGAUGCCUACUCCGGCUACAACCAAAUCAAAAUGGACCCUUUGGACGCCCCUAAAACUGCCUUCAUGACGAAUCAGAAAAAUUAUCACUAUGAGGUAAUGUCAUUUGGUUUACGAAAUGCUGGAGCAACUUUUCAACGCUCUAUGGAUACAAUCUUCAGUGCCCAGAUUGGAAGGAACCUGGAGGUAUAUGUGGACGAUCUUGUAGUGAAGACGCCCGCUGAAGGCCAACACUCGGUGGACUUGAAAGAAAUUUUUCAACAAGUAAGAAAGGCGAACAUGCGCCUUAAUCCCGCCAAGUGCACGUUCGGAGUACAUGCGGGCAAAUUCCUGGGUUUUUUGUUGACCAAAGAUGGCAUUGAAGCUAAUCCGGAUAAAUGUCAAGCCAUCAUCAACAUGAGAAGCCCAUGUAGUGUAAAGGAAGUUCAACAGUUAACGGGAAGGUUGGCCGCGUUGUCCAGAUUUCUCUCUUGUGCAGGAGACAAAGCUUUCUCUUUCUUUCCCUCGAUCAAGAAAAAAGAAAAAUUUGAGUGGACCCCAGAAUGUGACAAAGCUUUUCAGAGGAUCAAAGUGUUUCUCACCACACCUCCUAUUCUUCAUCGCCCAACACAGGGGGCGGUCUUGUCCCUAUACCUUUCAGUGUCAGAGAACGCCCUGAGCUCCGUCCUCGUCGAGGACUCUGAAGAAAAGGAGAAACCGGUAUAUUUCGUCAGCAGAGUCUUCAAGGGAGCGGAAUUACGGUACCAAAAGAUUGAGAAAUUAGCAUUGGCUGUGGUAGCAACCGCCAGAAAAUUACGCCCGUAUUUCCAGAGUCACAGAGUGAUCGUCCGAACCAACUACCCAAUAAAGCAGAUUCUCAGCAAACCGGAUCUAGCAGGAAGGAUGGUGUCUUGGGCAGUAGAACUCUCAGAGUAUGACAUCCUGUUCGCCCCCAGAAACAGCAUCAAAUCCCAGGUACUGGCGGACUUUAUGGUUGAAUUUUCUUCUCCCAUUGAAACUACCACGCCUUUGGUUUGGACAUUAUCAGUGGAUGGGUCGUCGAAUUUGAAAGGAAGUGGAGCGGGUAUCGUCCUGGAGGGACCUGGCGAUCUUCUCAUUGAACAAUCGUUAAAGUUCGAAUUCAAGGCCAGUAACAAUCAGGCGGAGUAUGAGGCUUUAAUAGCUGGAAUGAUUUUAGCUCGAGAGAUGGGCGUGGAGAACCUCAGAGCUCGGAGUGACUCGCAGUUGAUGACCAAUCAGAUCUCCGGGGAAUACCAAACUAAAGAUUCGCAGCUUUCUAAAUAUCUCACCAGCGUACGGAGUUUCGCGAAGUCUUUCAACUUCUUCGAAGUGAUCUAUGUACCUAGAGAGCAGAAUGCGCGGGCAGAUUUGUUAGCAAAACUAGCUAGCACUAAGCGACCAGGCAAUAACCGAACAGUGAUUCAAGAAAUAGUGUCCGCUCCAAGUUAUGAAACAACGGAAGUCCUCUUCACGACUCAAGAAGCAAAGGGGUGGAUGACUCCAAUCUUGCAAUAUCUGACAGGUUCCUUUGAGCCUGCAAACGAGGAAGAAAGACUGUCGGUCAAAAAGAGAGCCGCCAAGUUUACUAUUGUGGCGGGGAAACUUUACAAACGAGGGGCGGUUACUCCUUUGUUGAGGUGCCUAGGAGAGGAAGAAACAGAGCUGGUCCUUUUAGAAGUACACGAAGGAGUUUGUGGAAGUCAUAUCGGCGGACGAUCUCUCGUCGCCAAGCUUUUGCGUGCGGGAUACUAUUGGCCUAGGAUGACCCAAGAUUGCUGCGAAUUUGUCAAAAAAUGUGACAAGUGCCAACGGUUUUCUGAUAAAAAAAUAGCUCCGGCAAACGAAUUGACCUCAGUGUUUUCUCCUUGGCCGUUUCACAAGUGGGGAGUUGACAUUGUGGGACCUUUUCCCCCAGCUCCAGGACAGUUGAAGUUCCUCAUCGUCGGCGUAGAUUACUUCACCAAAUGGGUCGAAGCAGAAGCAGUUUCUAAAAUAACAGCGGAACAAGUAAUAAAAUUCUACUGGAAGAAAAUCAUAUGUCGUUUCGGACUUCCUCGGAACAUCGUAACAGAUAAUGGGACUCAGUUCGCCAGCACCAGAGUAGUUGACUUUUGCAAACAAUUAGGAAUCGAAACAAAAUUCGUAUCAGUAAUUCAUCCUCAAGCAAAUGGGCAAGCAGAAGCCGCCAACAAAGUAAUUCUGAAUGGUAUAAAAAAGAAGCUUGAGGCAGCCAAAGGACUCUGGGCAGAGCAGCUUUACGAGGUUUUAUGGUCAUACCACACAACACCACAUUCUACUACCGGAGAGACACUAUUCACUAUGGUUUACAGAGCAGACGCAAUGCUUCCAGUGGAGAUUGAUACCCCAACAUGGCGACGAGAAAAUUUCAGUGAAGAAGCCAAUAAGGUCGGAGUUCAGUGUACGAUGGAUAUGAUCGAUGAAGUACGUGAGUCCGCACAUAUCCGAGAAUUCGCCGCCAAACAAAGAGCUGCCCAGCGAUAUAAUUCAAAAGUCAUCCCUCGCAGUAUGAAAGAAGGCAACCUUGUUUUGAAACAAGUCGUCGCCCCUACCAGGAUAGGAAAGUUGUUGCCGAGUUGGGAGGGACCAUAUAGAGUUAAAGAAAAACUCCAACAUGGCGCUUAUAAGUUGGAAGAAUUGAAUGGGAAGACAGUACCAAGAACUUGGAAUGCAAUCAACUUACGACAUUAUUAUAGCUGA